AUGAAAGCCAUCUUGAGAAGAUUUUUCAAGAAACAACUCGCUCAACUCACGAACAGUGAAAUCUCGGAACAAUCGCAAGUGAUUACACACCACGUAAUGAAUCAUUGCGAUUUUUACAAAACUUGUACUCAUGUGUGUUGUUAUAUUCCAAUGCAAUCCGGAGCUGAGGUGAAUACGAUGGAUAUAAUUAUGGAUGCAUUGAAACAAAGAAAACAAUUAUUUAUUCCUGUGAUUACCGUUGAACAUGAUCAGAUGGAAAUGGUGCAAGUGAAAGAUGAAGCAGAUUUUAAUACCUUUGAAUUGAAGAGUAAAUUUAAAUUAUUGGAACCGCCAGAAGAAAGCCUUCCAUUUCGAAUGAAUUUGAUGAACAGUCUCAAUGGAGAGAGCAAAUUAUUAGUUAUUGUGCCAGGAUUAGCUUUUGAUUUUAAAAAUCAGAGAUUGGGACGUGGAAAAGGUUACUAUGAUAAAUUCUUUGCACGCUUGGAGCAUUUACAAAGACAAUUUAAUUUUGAGACAUUUUUACUUGGCGUUUGUUUUUCGUGCCAAUUCAUGGACGAACAAUUUCAAUUUCCUGACGAAGUGAUUCGUGAAUUCAAGGAAAAGAACAUCUCAUUAAUUGAAGGUCAUCCAUGGACUCUACCAACAGAGAUGCAUGACAAAAGAGUGCAUCAAGUCUUGACAGGACGAGGAACAUGCUAG